AUGAUUUCAAAAAUAAUCCCAGAAGUUUGUGUGGCUCUAAUCGAGGUGCUGAAAACAUAUGUAAAGUGGAUUCCGUCACAAGUUUCUAACAGAUCUAAACUUUUAAAUAUUUCAAAAUAUUUAAAAGGCUGGUUUCGAGACCAACUUCAGUAUGGUAUACUCAGGAAAUAUGAUGUCAGAAUCCUGAUGUUACCAUCAUAUGUCUUUGUCGGAGAUGAAGCGUUUCCAUUAAAACCGUAUUUGCUGCGUCCAUACAGCAGAAAUAGUUUAGGAGACAAUGAACCUAAUACAAUAUUUAAUUAUAGAUUAUCGCGGACACGACGUGUCGUUGAAAAUGCCUUUGGAAUUCUAGCUGCAAGAUGGAGAUGUUUCCGAGGUCACAUUGAAGUACAACCAGAAUUUGUUGAUAAAAUUGUUCUCGCAUCUUGCUGUUUACAUAAUAUGUUGUGCACAAACAAUGAGUUUGAACCCGACUUAGACACUAAUCAAGUUCCAGAAAAUGCUUUUUUAAAUAUAGAUGCUCUACGUAGAAAUAGCACUCGAGAAGCAACUCAAAUUCGAGACGCAUUUAAAGAUUAUUUCAAUUCUGAUGCUGGUAGUGUAGUAUGGCAAGUCGAUAGUGUUAGAAAAGGAAGAAUACAUACUUAG